CUCGGCUGCCAUCUCUGCAGAGGAACAACAGGCUCUGUGACAAAGGUUCCCCGACACUGCCCACGGGGACCCCAGAUGUCGAGGCAGGGAAGGAAUGGACGAAAGCUAUGAGACAUUUGAAGAGGAGUUGUGGCCACCAAGAGCAGAUCCUCCUCCACAGAAGCCUGUUCGACAGACCCGCAGACCAGAAAUGUACGCUACAAGGAAAGUCAGAGAGGAAAUGGCUCCAUUUCCACAGCAGCCUAGAGCAGAACCCAAGACUUUAGUCAAGGAACCCAGUUUACCCAGAACAAUUCCUUCAGCACCUGUGCUUAAAGCAGUACCCGUCCAAAACAAGACCCAGACUGAGACACCGUGGGAGAAUGUCACCCUCAACCGCUGUCUGUUUGUGGCCAUCACCAUCCUGGUGCUCACCUCAGGUUUUCAAAGGCUUCAUGAAACUCUGCGUGGUCAGGGGAUAGCAGAGGAGGAGGAAGAAGUUGGACUGACAGUGAGGCGAUCAGGCACAUUACGACACAGAGGAUUACCACCAGAGACCGAGACAUCUCUAUGGGACGUCAUGUUUUGGUGGCUGCCAGACCUUGAUGAUGAUGAUGAUGAGGAUGAUGAGGAGGAGGAUGAUGAUGGAGAAGUCAAAAGAGGAAAGAGAGGAGUGAAGGCACGAGCAUCAAGCCGACUCAGAAACAAGCCACUACUAGACAAAAAACUCUUGAAGCAAAGAAAAGGGAAAUUAAAGGACAGGAGAGCCAAGAAAGCCAGGGACGAAGAAACCAAAGAGAAGAAAGAGAGAGAUAAAAUGGAGGAACCUGAAGAAGCAGGAGAUGGUGAAGAUGAGGAUGAAGGAACUGAGGAGGCAGUGCCUGAAAAAAAUAAGAAGCCGGAGGAGAAAGAGAAGAAAAAGACUCACAAAGGAUGAGUUGAUUCUAUCUUACGUGGCAGAGGCCGACUCAUUUUCUUAACAAUUUUCAUUUGAAUAGAUUAGAUAACGUUUAUUAAAGGAGGUGAUAUUGAAUUCUUUUAAAAACAAUGGAGACACAAAAAUAAGGUUGGCUUCCAGUUGAACGACUGCACGCAAUCAGUGUCAGUGUGUUACAGCUUUUAGGUGCUUUGCUAGACAGAUGUAAUUUGCAUAAUGGAGCUCUGAGUUACCUGUUAAGACAUUUUCAUUUUAUUUAAUGUACUGACUGCGUAGUUUUAAUCUCCAUCUGAUCAUCUGAUUGCCUUUACUGCUGAAAGACUUAAAUAAAUUGUUUGUCAAUCAUG